CCUGGGGGCGAGGGGGGUGUCGGGUGGGCUUGGGAGCCGGAACACCCACGUGGCUAAUUUUAGUGGGCCUAGCGGGGGGCCUGCUAGUCACAGUCCGUCUCCCUGCGCUGGGCCACUCGCCCCUAGCUGCAGCGUAGCCCUCCCCGGAGAGGCGUUGGGCAGCAGCUUCUGGUUCACUGCUCUGGCUGCCCUUACCCCGGCCUCUUCCCCCGCAGGUCUGUGCUGAGCACUUCGGCCCUCACUUCUGCACAGGUUGUCUUCCCACUGCUUCUCACUCAAGAACGCACCGAGGACUUCUGGCCACGGGAGUCCCGGUUGGGGGGUCCUUUUCUAGUAUUGCCUAGUCAACCUCAGGAGCUUUGUUGGGACAAGGCCGGGCAUCCCUAUUUGGGAGCAGGGAUGCUGAGCGGUGAUGCGAUAUCACUCUUCUGAGGAUAACAGAGACAGAAAGAGAGCAGAUGCUGUAAGUGUCUGGGUACAGAGCUGGCCCUUACGCUGCAAUUCUCUGUACUGCAAUGAUGCCAGCAGAGUUAAUCUGGAGUGGCUCGGACAGUGUCCUACUGUGGUGGACAAAAUAAGACAACCGUUCCCAGAAACCUUCUGCAAAGUAUUGCAAAGAACCUCCAUGAAAGCUUCCUAGAGAUCUCCAUGGAGUAUUCCAAGGCCAUCUCUGUGCACAUAAAUAGUUUUAUCUGAGAGCACCCUCUGCGUAGCUGAAGUUGCCACUGAUACCUACUACACCUACUUUUUUUAUUCAGAUUAAACAUAAAAAACAACAGCGUGUAAUCCUACAGUUUGAUUGGAAAUGUAUACUCACCAGAGCUGCCUUCAUGGCAUCACAGUCCACCAGCAAUUGGUCUUGUGAAGGGAUGGGUUCCAGGACAAAAAACAGUUCUUGGCUGUCAAGGAGAAUGGAUCCUCCGCUUGCCUGCUCGCAUACUCCUCGUCAUCAACAAUAUCCUUCUUGUUGCUUGAGGCCACCCGGAGCUCCUGGGAAGUAUCCAUAGAGAGUUUUGGGAUAGUGGUGGUGUUGCCAUCAAGAAUCGCAUGCUACUCCUCAUAAAAGCAGCAUGUCUGUGGAACAUCUCCAGAACGACUGUUCAUCUCCCUUGUCUUACGGCUCUCCCUCCUUCCUGUUGUUAAUCUUCUUUCAUCUUAAUACUGGCCUACCAGUCCUCUGCCAGUCACAGUCAUGUUGCCCUCUCUGGUGGCCGAGUGGAGGGGAAGCUGCUGAGGAUCUUGUGGGCUGAGCUGUGUGCAUUUGUUGUGUUGCCCCUGAUCUCUGCUACAGAACUCAAGAGAAAGCUAACAAAAAUAACAGAAAUGCAGGAGAAUUAAUCAUAUAGAAUUGAAAAUGAUUUCGCCACAUCAUAAACUUCCUCAGUGGAUGUCUGCACAGAGUAAAGACGAUGUGGGUGACAAAAAGAAGUCUCUUGUUCAGAGGAGUGUUCUGGAAAAUGACCUGCCUAUUUUAGAGUUCCAUGGCUCUGUUGUUUACAGCUACGAUGCCAGCGACUGCUCCUUUCUGUCAGAAGAUAUCAGAAUAAACCUAUCUGGUGGAGAUGUGAUAGGAUUUGACAUUGAAUGGCCGCCAUCAUAUACUAAAGGGAAAGUAGGGAAAGUCGCCCUAAUCCAAAUAUGUGUAUCGGAGAAAAAAUGCUACUUGUUUCACAUUUCCUCAAUGUCAGGUUUUCCCAAGGGACUCAAAAGAUUGCUUGAAGACGAAGCCGUUAAAAAGGUUGGAGUAGGAAUUGAAGGAGAUCAGUGGAAGCUGAUGAGUGACUUCGAAGUCAAACUGAAGAGCUUUGUAGAACUGGCUGAUGUCGCCAAUGAAAAACUGAAGUGUAAGGAGAUGUGGAGUCUAAAUGGCCUGGUAAAACAUCUAUUCAACAAGCAGCUUCUGAAGGACAAGUGUGUCCGCUGUAGUAACUGGGAGGAAUUUCCACUCAACGAGGAGCAGAAGUUGUAUGCAGCCACUGACGCUUAUGCAGGCCUCCUCAUUUACCAAAAACUUGAAAAUAUGAGUAACUGUGGUCAGAGGCUCUGCAGUAUAAAAAACGAUGGGGAGAUGUUGGCAAAUGAAGUCAAGAAGCAACUGUCCUCAUUAGCUGAAGAAAUGGUGGAGCUGGCUAAUGGUCUUCCCAGCACUUUUGGACAACUUAAAAAUAUGCAGAGAGCCUUAGAAAUAUUAAGUGGAGUAUCUGAAAGUAUAGGUGCCUUAAGAAACAUGUUGCUUGGUGAACCCAACUCUCAAGCAGAGCUGGAGAGAAGCUGUGUUGCGGCUCCAAUGAAAUCUGAAGUUGUGUCUACCGUUGUUGAAGAAGAAAAGGCUGAAACAGCUGAAUUUCCUACAAGACUUCAAGAUGAUUUAAAUGAUGACAUUGAUGAUGAUAUGUUACUGAGUGUCAAUGAGAGAGACCUGACUGGUAGUGAAAUGGAAUUUAGUAAGUCUGAGCAGAAAGAUGGAACUGCAGACAGAGGAUCUAAGGACAAUACAGAGAGAGACUGCAUAAUGUCACUGGACAUUACUGAAUAUGAACUUCAAAUGUUGGAACUUAAGGCCAAGGAAGAAAUUCUAAAUGAAGCUGCUUUGCCUGAGGAACCAUAUUCCAGAGAGAAUGAGCAAAAUCUUGGUUGUGUCAUUGAAAGUGAUGAAGAACUGGAAAUGGAGAUGCUUAAAUCUAUAGAAGAUGUAGAUAAUUCUAAAGUCAGGCAGACUGACUCUAUCUCCAUUGAAACCAAGAGAAUUGAUGGCACAGAAUUACACCUUGCUCCAGAUGAUGAUGAAGAUGAAGGCAUUGAGGAGGAGGAAGAGGAGAGUUGGGAUCCUUUGUUGCCUGUACCUAAUGAAAUAGAAGUCACGUGCUUAAAGACAUAUUUUGGGCAUUCUAGUUUUAAACCGGUCCAGUGGAAAGUGAUCUCUUCUGUGUUACAAGACAGAAGAGAUAAUCUCGUUGUCAUGGCAACUGGAUAUGGGAAGAGCUUGUGCUUCCAGUUUCCACCCAUUUACACAGGCGGUACAGGAAUAGUCAUCUCUCCUCUUAUUUCUUUGAUGGAGGACCAAGUGCUGCAGCUUGAAAUGUCAGGCAUUGCAGCUUGCUUGCUUGGAUCAGCUCAGUCAAGAAAUGUGAUAGGGGACAUCAGAGCGGGCCACUAUAGAGUUGUGUAUAUAACUCCAGAGUUCUGCUCGGGGAACUUAUCGCUACUUCAGGAACUUGACCAAACCAUUGGUAUCACUCUGAUAGCGGUCGAUGAGGCUCAUUGUAUUUCAGAAUGGGGGCAUGACUUCAGAAAUUCAUUUAGGACUUUGGGUUCGUUAAAGAAAAUGCUCCCUUCGGUUCCUGUUGUUGCUUUAACUGCAACAGCAAGCCCUUCAGUUAGAGAAGAUAUAGUGCACUGUCUAAACCUAAAGAACCCUCAGGUCACAUGUACUAGUUUUGACCGACCUAACCUAUACUUAGAAGUUGGACGAAAAACUGGACGGAUCUUUCAGGAUUUAAAACAGUUCCUUAUUAAAAAGGAAAGCUUUACAUACGAGUUUGAAGGACCCACUAUCGUGUAUUGCCCUUCAAGGAAGACCACUGAACAAGUAGCUGCUGAGCUGAUGAAAUUAAACUUGUCCUGUGGCACAUACCAUGCUGGCAUGGGAAUCAAAGCAAGGAAAGAUGUUCAUCACAGGUUCAUGAGAGAUGAAAUUCAGUGCAUUGUGGCUACGGUGGCCUUUGGAAUGGGUAUCAAUAAAGCAGACAUCCGGAGAGUUAUUCAUUAUGGUGCCCCUAAGGAAAUGGAAUCCUACUACCAAGAGAUUGGAAGGGCUGGCCGUGAUGGUCUUCCUGCUUCUUGUUACGUAUUUUGGACUACAGCUGAUAUGACUUUUAACAGAUAUCUUUUAAAUGAGAUAAGUAAUGAAGGAUUCCGACUAUACAAAUUAAAGAUGGCGGCAAAGAUAGAGAAGUACCUUAACUCAAACAGCUGCAGGAGAAAAAUCAUCUUGUCUCAUUUUGAAGACAAACAACUCCGGAAGGCCUCCUCUGGCAUCAUGGGAACAGAAAAAUGCUGUGAUAAUUGCCGGUCCAGAACUCUUCGCUGCACUAUUAACAGUGACUCAGAAGAGAGUUUGCAGGACUUCGGUCACCAAGCGUUCCAGCUGAUGUCUGCAGUGAAGGCCUUAGACGAGAAGUUUGGAACUAGAGUUCCGGUUUUGUUUCUCCGAGGAUCUAAUUCCCAGCGUCUCCCAGACAAGUACCGAACUCACGCUCUCUUUGGUAGUGGAAAGGACUGGCCAGAGAAUUGGUGGAAGGCUUUGGGCCGACAGCUCAUCAUUGAAGGUUUCCUUAAAGAAGUUUCUGGUCAAAGCAGAUUUGCAACUCUGUGUGAGCUUACUAAGAAGGGUAGAGACUGGCUCUGUAAAGCUAGGAAUGAGUUGUGUCGGACGCUUCUGCUACAGCCCAGUGAAGAACUAUAUCUAAGGAAACCUCACACCCAAAGCAAUAGACAUGUAACUUCAGUUGCGGGACAACGUUCACCAGAUACGAGGUUAAUAAAGCUGACACCAGAGAAACAGACAUAUUUGCAGGAAAUGUUUACUUAUCAAGGAGCAAGUAAAAUUUCUGCAAGAGGCAGUGUCUCAAAUGAAAGUAGUGACUUGGUGCCAUCACCAAUCAAACUGAAGUCCCCAGAACCUGCUGUUUCAUCCAGAGAGAAGGAACUGCACACUGUUCUAUAUGGCAAGCUGCUGGCAGCCAGACAGAAGCUAGCCAGUGAGAAGGAUAUUCCUCCGGCUGUGUUGGCAACUAAUAAAAUACUGGUGGACAUGGCCAAGAUAAGGCCUACGACAGUUGAAAAUGUGAAGAGAAUUGAUGGCGUAUCUGAAGCAAAAUCUGCCAUGUUGGUUCCUCUCCUGGAUGAUGUCAAGGAGUUUUGCCAUGAAAAUAAUCUGGCGACAGACACGUUCCCUACUUGCGGAUCUAGGGAAAAGCAGCCGGCAGCCCUCCAGAAGAGAGGUGGGUGCAGCCCCCUUCCACAGUCACAGCUCAUAACAUACAUGCUUUUCCAUGAGAAGAACCAGUCUUUGAAGAGUAUAAGUGAAAGCAGGUCUCUGCCUCUCUCUGUGGUCGGCUCUCAUUUAUCCCAAGCCAUGAAAGCUGGCUAUCCAAUCGACUUAGAACGAGCGGGUCUGACUCCUGAAGUUCAGAAGGUUAUUACUGAUAUCAUCCAAAACCCUCCCAUCAACUCAGAUGUAAGCAGAAUGACAGCGAUUAGAGCACUGGUCCCUGCGAAUAUUGAGCUGUACCUGAUCCGAAUGGCAAUUGCACUGCUGGAGAAAGGAUGUGGAAAUGGGCAGCUGGGCCAAGCGUGUGACUCAGGCAAGAAAAGCCUCUCAGCUGAGUGUGAAGGGCUGCCGGCCAGCAUGGGGCCAGCCCAGAAGAGCAAGGAAGGAACGUCGCGGAUGGAAACAGAGGGGAAUUCAGUGAAGCCAACCACACACACACAUAAGUUUGUGUCCAGGGAAGGAGCGAAACAAGAUCAUCAACAUAUGGAUUCUUUAUCUUGGCUUGUAAAGAGCAGCAAGAUGGACGACAAACAACCCUCAAAUGCAGAACGGGAUGUACCAAGCCAUCAAACCUCCCUUCGUUUAGCCUCCUGGAAUCAGCCUCCCCUGGAUCGUGUUGAAGAGGAACUGUUCAGUGACUCCCAAUCAAAGACUCAGCCUGCAAAAAGGAAGUUACCAGGAUGGUUUGGAACUUCAAAGGGAACAGAUUCUUCCAUUACUACUGGGAAGAAAACCAAAGUGGGAGCAAAAAAAGGUCUUUUUGGUUGAACUUGGAAAUAUCAACAACUUUCUUUUUUAAAGAAGCUCAGCGAGAGCAUAUAAUAUAAGCAUUCUGGCUCUACUGGCAUUCAGAAUGGAGUUGCAAGCACUACAUUACAGAUGGUUUAUUUUUAGUUUCCAGGACAACUAGCAUUCUGAAGGACAUGUUCAUUUGUUCACAGUUGAAACCAUUACUGAGCUUGGGCUGGAACAACUUGUCAGUGUGCGGGGAGCAGCCACAUAAAGCAGCAAGAUCUUGAGUUCAAGUACAUAAAGAACUGACCCAAGGGUUAAAUUAGGUCAUAUUAAUAUUGUUUAUAGAGCCUGUUUGCUACUUUCACUAUUAGGAUCAAACUUUCCAAGAUUUUUACUGUCAGUUUAUUAUAUUAGUACAGCGGUUCUCAAACUUCAGCAAUCUGAGGACCCCCAUUUUGAUUUAAAAUUUUGGGGACCUCUCAAGCCUCUCCACUCAGCCCUAGGCCCUGCCCUGCCUCCACUCCUUCCCUUAAGACCUCACCCCUGCCCCACUCCUUCCUGCCUCCCACUUACUCCAU